UGUUCUCUGGCGUUCUUCCUUGUGCUUCCUCGUGUUCCUUGUGUAAUCCUCGUUUGUCUUUUCAGUUUACCUUUUGUAUUUUGAUAGCUUGAUCCCUCUGUUGUUUUUGCUUCGUACCUUUUGUGUUUUCAGCUUUAAACUCGCUUUUUGUUAAUCAUCCUCGUCUUCCGCUCUGCGUUUGGGUCCUCACCUUUUCCCCACCGUGACAGUACGUACAGACCAGAAACAUGGACCCAGCAGAUGUCAUGAGCAAUGAGCUUUAUGAUUUAACAUACACUUUGAUUAUAAUUUUUGGUGAGUGGAAGUGAAACACCCUGUUGGAGCAUUCAAUCGGCUGCGCUGGGGUUGGCGAGAAAAGAGAUGGCAAGGAAGCCAGAGUUAAGUAGUCUUUUGCCUGAGUGGCUCCAGGACUUUGUAGAGGCCCCACUUUGCCAGCCUAACCCCUCCGAUCCUUCUGCUCCACCUCCUCCAGCCGAGCUACGGCAACCCCCUCCUCCAGUCGAGCUGCAGCAACCUCCUCCUCCUGUCGGGUCGCACCAGACCCCUGUCCCUGAGCCAUUUCUGGGCACUCGCCUGGCCCUGGGAGGCUCUUGGAGUAUCCAGAGGACUUCCAGGCCUCUGAAGAGGAGAUCUGAGACCCCAGUGAUGUUGGGUUUGAGAGCGAUCUCCAUUAAGACUUAAAGCUCAUGAUACAUCAGAAGUCGGAAGAAUGACGUCCCAACUCAGGAAAUGGGACCAUCUGAGGAGCAUGUGAAUGCACUAUUGGCCUUGGCGGAGGUCUGCUCCGUGCCAUUCUAGCUGGACAUGCUUUUAAUCAUUUUAUCUGGUUUAUUCUUUUAUGUUUUGGAAUCUAAAUACUUUUAAUUGUUUGCUUUAAAUAUAAAGCACUUUGUGUUUAUGAAAGGUGCUAUGUCAAUAAAGUUAUUUAUAUCAUUAAUACAAGGUGAAUGGAGUUUUGGAGCUACCUGCAUAGUAUUAAGUGUAACAAGUACAGUGUACACUGCCUGGAGAGAGAUGCUGCUGUUGAACUCCCCACCGCUGCAUUGGGGGGA